AGAUAAACUUGUACACUUGAGGAAAACCUUUUUUAUGUUCUCCUAUGCUGAUUUUGGUGAGUUUACCUUAUGGAUAUUCACCCAGCUUUUAUAUUUUUUUCAGUUUUUGUUUUACGUUCGAAUGGUAUUGUCUACAGUUGAAGUUGAGUAUAAGGCUAUGCCCAUGCUGCUGCUGAGAUAAUGAGUAUGGUGGUUGUUACGUGUGUUGGGAUAGGUACUUGUAAAGCUCACCUUGUAUUAUGACAGUGGCAUUCAUACGGCUAAACUAUUGGAAUUUUAUGAGACAACGAAAAAAUAGGUUGUCAUUUUAUAAGGAAAGCAUAUUAGGAGAGGUAACUGCUCUUGAGCACAUGGGUUUUGGAGGGCAACUUGCAGUUGUACCCAAUGUAUUCACUAAGCGCUCAGCUCCAUUUCUGUUGGUAAGAUUCUUUUAACAACAGGCUAUGCUAAGCUUGAGGAAGAGUGCUGAAAAAUGUUAUGAGAACUCCAUUGGUGGAUGGGAUGAAUACCCUCAAUAUCUAAAUGUUGAAGGUGUUGAAAUGAGUUCUCCUGGAGUUUAUCAUCCUGGAUAUGGAUAUAACCCUCAAAUGCCUUAUGGUCCCUAUUCUCCAUCUACAACGCCUGUGCCUCCCGUUCAUCCACAUAGUCCUAUGUACUCUCCACAGCAAUUCCCAUAUACAGGUUCCUACUACCCACCAGUAGUUCCACCCACUGUGCCAUAUAUAAGUUCACCAACACAUAUCUCUCAAGCAGAUCUUUCUAUGCCAUCCAGCGUUGAUCAACAGGGAGGUUUUGUUCCAGAUGGUUCCAUGAACAACAGUGUGCAACUUGAUACAGGUCCUGGCUAUUCACCUCCUUAUGGAUCUCUGGGUAGAGGGAACUUUUCUGGGAGUGCUGGGAAUAAUGGCUACUAUGAUUUUAGGCAAGGCUUUGAUGGUUUUGGGUAUAGUGGAUCUUGGUCAAAUUCAUGGAGGAUGGCUGAGGGGCAAAACAGAUCAUUGAAUUCCUUAGCACCAUCCUCUGCGCAGCCAGUUACAGAAUCUCUAAGGCAUAAUAUUGCACCUUUGGCUCCUGGAGCUUUUCAUGCUUCUUCCCAGCAAAGAUCAGCAUAUGGCUCUGGUGCAUCGAUAAAUACCUCUGGCAGAGUGUAUGGACAUGGUGGAUUCUAUAAUCAAGGUGUUAACGUUGGAAGAUCUGGGCUUGGUUUUGGUGCAAAUAGCAGGAGUUGGGUUUCUGUUGACAAAGGUCAGCGCAGAAUAAGAGGUAAUGGAUCCUUGUGCAGCUGCAAUGGCACACUUGAUAUUAUUGGAGAACAAAAUAAGGGACCCAGAGCUACAAGGCCAAGAUCAUCAGAUCAGGAAUCUAAUACUGACGGCAAGAAUGGUAGAUCUACUGUGGAUGCACAUAGUGGAAAGUAUAACAAGCUUGACUUUGUCACCGAGUAUGAAGAUGCUAAGUUUUUCAUCAUCAAGUCGUAUAAUGAAGAUAAUGUUCAUAAAAGUAUUAAAUAUGGUGUUUGGGCUAGCACAACUAAUGGUAAUAGGAAGUUGGAUUCAGCAUAUAACGAAUCAAAGGAGAAAGGACACAGCUGCCCAGUGUUUCUUCUUUUCUCGGUUAAUGCUAGUGCACAAUUCUGCGGAGUAGCUGAGAUGGUGGGGCCAGUGGAUUUUGAUAAAAGCGUGGACUAUUGGCAGCAGGAUAAGUGGAGUGGCCAAUUCCCAGUCAAGUGGCAUAUUGUAAAAGAUGUGCCGAACAGCCUGUUUCGCCACAUUAUUCUGGAAAAUAAUGACAACAAGCCUGUGACCAAUAGCAGAGACACACAAGAAGUCAGAUUAGAUCAAGGGAUAGAGAUCCUGAAAAUUUUCAUGAACUAUGAUUCCAAAGUCUCCAUUCUGGAUGACUUUGAUUAUUACGAGGAGAGAGAGAGAGUCAUGCAAGAAAGGAGGGCAAGGCAGCAGUCUAACUUUGUAGCUCCAGUUACAACCAAUGGGGAUCACCCGAAAGAAGCAUCUCCUCCCAUGGAGCUUGUUAGGACCUUUGCCAGUGUUGUUCGUCUUGGAGAAAGCAAAGUGACAGCAGCUGGGCAGAGGUUUGCUGAAUCAAGAAGGGUCAAAGAAGAUCAUGAUAUAGAAAACAGCACCACUUUGAGGAGUGAGCUUGAUAAAUGAAAAGGACCCUGUAGGACAGUGAAGAUGGUAUAGCAGAUGUAUAUGCUGAAUCUUGUUCUGUUUUAGUUUGGCUUAUUCUUUUCCUUUCCCUAGUAUGUAGUCUACAAGAAAAUGUUUUUGUUGAUUUUCUUUAACCUGUGUUGGUGCAUCAAAAUGCUCACUUGGACUUGCAGAUCAAGCAUGCUAUUAGUAUAGAAUGGCGAGGACCAUUUGAAAAAUAAUGAUUUUACAGCAGCUAUUGUCUAAUGUACGUCAAUCAAAUCAAGAAUCAUUUUUCUGCCUCAA